UAUAUUUACACCAUCUCUUGUUUUCUACGGUUAAACCCAUUUCGAAUGUGUACAUUAUCAGUUAUUAUUUUAUAAUUAAACUCUGUGACUGUAUUUGGAUUACUGAUAUUUUUAUCAAUUAAGUUUUUGAUUGAUUCAACAGUGAAGUUUACGAAGUGUUUAAAUCGUUAGUGGUAUAAGAUACACUCAAAUACCAACUUGUUUCAACAGUGUUAAGGUUUUAAUACCUUUAAAGUUAUUUUGCUGAUUCAUAAAUUGACUGAGUUUAUAUUCUACUGUGUGACUUAUUAGUAAUAAUUAAAAAUAUAGAGACAGUAUGGAGUUACGGGUGUUGUGCAUGUGGAUUUUACUCGCUCACAUCCAGAUCUCAGCAGCAUCAUGGUGGUACCUUGGUGUUCUCGGCACGUCUGCUAGUCUAUCACGUGACACGCGCCAAACGUCAUCAGUGAACGACAACGAGAAAUGUGAUAACUCCCCGUACCUAGAGCCUAGACAACGUGAACUUUGCGCUAAAGAGAAACGACUGAUCGACGUGAUUAGUGCGGGGGCCUCCAUGGGUAUAGAAGAAUGCAAGUACCAGUUCAACGGGCGUCGCUGGAACUGUACAACGUUCAACAACACUGACGUCUUCGGCAACGUCAUCAAGAUAAAGAGUCGUGAGACUGCCUACAUCUAUUCCAUUUCGUCUGCCGGCGUAAUGUACAGCGUUACCCGAGCAUGCGCACAAGGGACAUUGGUCGGCUGCGGUUGUGACGACACCGUCCGUAAACAAGAAACCGAGGGCCAGUUUGAGUGGGGUGGUUGUUCGGAGAAUCUUCAAUAUGGCGCUAAAUUCUCCGAGGAAUUUGUCGACUCAAAAGAGCAGAUUCAAGAUAAAAACGAAUUUGGUCUGAUGAAUCUAUGGAACAACAAAGCUGGCCGACUUAUCGCUAAGAAACAGGUUGACUUGGUCUGUAAGUGUCACGGCGUGUCCGGAUCUUGUUCCGUCAAGAUAUGCUGGAGAAAGAUGCGUCCUUUUCGCGCCAUUGGUUCAGCUUUGAAGGAGAAAUUCGACGGCGCUAGUUUAAUGAAGAUCAACAGACGAGGAUCUAAGUUACGCCCAAUCAGCCGAGAUAUGAAACGACCUACUAGAAAAGACUUAGUUUAUCUUGAGAAUUCACCGGACUUUUGUGAGCCAAAUCCAGUUUUCGGGUCAUUGGGUACACGUGGACGCGAGUGUAAGAAAGACAGUUAUGGUUUAGAUGGUUGUAAUCUUAUGUGUUGUGGUAGGGGAUAUUACACGAUAGUAAAAGAAUUUUCAGAAGACUGUGAUUGUAAGUUUUUUUGGUGCUGUAGAGUGGAAUGUCAGAAGUGUCGGCACGUGAAGGAACUUCAUUAUUGUAAUUAAAAGUGACCAAAAACACUACAUACGGUGUCCAACUAUUCAUUGCUAUGCAGUAAAAUGAAAAACUGAUUUCAUCAACUCAUUGACAAUGGUGUAAUAUUGGAAUCGUAAAAAAUAAACCACACCCAAUGUGCUUCUUAGAUUGUUGAAAGGGGGCGAUAGGGACCCUCCCUUCCAACUGUGAUAUGGAACUGUUAUUGAACUAUGUACGCAACGGGUAAACUUAACACGAAAUUACUUUCAUUAAUAUUGUGUAUUAAACAGUGAUUUAUUUAUAUUUUUGUUUGAAAGUUUAUCUAUGUUAAACGCACGUUAUUGUUGUGUUGUUUUUU